AUGAGGAUUGGGUGCUUACAGUUUGCGCCCCAAGUGGGAGAUGUUAACAACAAUUUGAAUCGCGCCGAUUCAGUCUUGUCCAAAGCAAACCCAGACGACCUUGAUCUUCUUGUUCUGCCCGAGCUGGCCUUCUCUGGGUACAACUUCAAAUCCUUGCAAGAUAUCGCCCCCUUUCUCGAGUACUCCGGCUCUGGCAUCACGUCUCUCUGGGCCAGAACUAUUGCUCUAAAGUACAACUGCGUCGUCACUGUUGGAUAUCCCGAAAAAGUUGACCUUUCUGCGCAUUGGCCUGCGAAUCCUGAAUACUACAACUCCACUAUCGUCGUCAACGCAGAAGGCGAGACAAUAGCAAAUUAUCGCAAACAAUUUUUAUACUACACCGACGAAUCAUGGGCUUUGGAAGGAAAUCAAGGAUUCUUCGAGGGAUGGAUUCCUGGCCUGGGGAACGCUUCAAUAGGCAUUUGCAUGGACCUUAAUCCAUACAAAUACGAAGCGCCAUGGGACGCAUUUGAAUUCGCCUUCCAUGUUCUGGAAGCAGGCUCAAAUGUUGUUAUAGUAUCUAUGGCAUGGAUGACAAGAGAGGAGCCACGCAAGUUCACACGAAUGCCUAAUGAACCGGACAUGGACACUCUGACAUAUUGGGUCACCCGUCUUGAGCCUCUAAUUCGCCAAGAUACAAGAGAUGAGAUUAUUGUCGUCUUCUGUAAUCGUUGUGGCAACGAAGAUGAAGUUCUCUACGCCGGGACCAGUGCAGUCAUUGGCAUUUUAGACGGCGAGGUUAGGGUUUAUGGUCUUUUGGGGCGAGGCGAGAAAGAUCUUCUUGUCGUGGACACGAACGACAAGCCCUACGCCAAGAUGGUCCAUCGAACUGAACAAGGCCGAGGCUCGUUGACCGAAGUCCGCGGGGUGCUCCAAGAUCAAGAACAGGCCAAGCCAGACGAGAGCAUCCCAAGUCCCAAACAGGACAACAACGAAUCUACCACCGACACUCAAAACACCGAUGGACAUGAGUCAUUCGAACAUUUUCGCGAACAAGACAUCCAUGCGCCACAGCCCAAUGUAGCAGCUCACCCGUUCAAUCGUGAGCUUCCACUGCGCUCAAGACUUUACCAGGAGCCACAAAAUGAGAGACUACAAACAUCAGAUGCAGCAGUCCCCCAGCAGCUUGAUCUUAAAAAAUCCCAGUCUAUUCGCACUCCUGCAUUGGAAAUCCUUGGCGUUCCAACCCCGUCCGCACCCAGCCCUACCCCUUUGGCUCUACGACCGCGACUCAUAAUUCCUGAAUCCCCACGGUCUCUAAUGCACCAGAGUCCACAUGGGUCACCCCCUACUGCUACGUCCAUGAGAUCAGAUAGAUCGAUCCAGUCGAUCGACUCAACAAUAUCUGGGGCAUCAGUCAGCACUGUCCGGUCAAAUCAUCGUCCUCCAGAGGACAGCACGCCAUAUCCGGACAGUGCAAUCCCUACUGCUCACCCCACAAACUUUUCAAAACUGAGGAGUCAGUUAUAUGGAAGUGAUCUGUCAGUAUCGAAUGAAAAUAGCUACACAAGUCCAAUAUCAGGCGUGGACCACAUGUCUAAAACAGCCCGGUGGCUUUGGGAUCCAUCAGAGACGGUUGGUGCCACACCUGCUUCAGCAAGUUGGGUUGAAGAGACACCAGUCGGAAGAAAACAAAGAGCAUUCCCCUGGACAAACAUCAAGACUGAACCGCGGCCUCAGAGCACGGACACGGUCAAAAACAGCAGCCGGCUUGCUACUUUCGUUCACGACUCCAGGGGUUUAGACUCCCACACACCAUUAAGCAACACCUCAUCAAACUUGACAAACGCUACAAUUAUCUCGGACUCAUCUGCCACCUCUCAAAGAGCCAAUACGCCUUCCAACAAGAUGAAAACCCAGCUCCAGACUGUGUCUUCUCGCAAGUCUGAGCGCUCCAGUCACUCCAAGGCAAGCGAACGAGCUCGGUCUACUAACAGAUACCAUCGAGGCACUGCUGGAGACAGCUCACAGCCAUCCAUGCCAAGAUCCCGGCGUUCAAGUUCGCGAACUUCACGGACAAACGAACACCGUCAACAACAUGCCGCUAGAGCUUCGAUAGAUGAGCGACUUAGAUCUUCAAGGUCCCGAAGUCGCCAUGAAUAUAACAAAUCUUCGGACUCGGCUGUUGACGGGCUCAUGAUUCCUAUUCUUGCUAGCCCCAGCAUUCUUCCUGAGAAUGAACACAGGCAACACCGAUCUAUGUCAAGAUCAAGUCACGGUCAGCGGAACGAUUCCAUUGUCAGCUCAAGCAAAGCACCCGGACGAGUUGGACGUUAUCAUUCUGGAUCUGUGACUACUGAUAGUGGUUCGAUGCCGUCCACUUCACGUACUGCCAGCCGUGGGCGUGCACCAGGACCUCGGACUUUGUCGACAAGUGAACAACCUCGAGAAGCAUUCAAGUCACCAAUUCGAUCGCCAUCUACAGACUCUACUCGGAAUGCAGUUCUUCAUAGUCGUAUUGAUCAUCACGAGUCAAAUAGCAGCAGGCAAAGCCGGUCUAGUCGAACUUCUACCAGACAUCAGUCGCGUCAUCGUUCUCGAGAUAACCGAGGAGACCAUUUCGAAAGGUUCGAAGCAGUUGUUUGCCCGAAUUGUCCUGUUCAUGGACGAUCCACCUCGAGUGGCGCUCAAAGUGUCCCCCUCCAUUUAGCGGUAGAUACUUUACACCAACGAGGACAUUCCGCUGGCGAAGUUGCCGCGAGUGAUGCCAACCCUGGACAUGAAAUACUUCAACCAAUUCAAGGACUUGAAGAAUUAGAUCUGCUCAUGCGAUAUCGCGAGGAUCAGUCAGACUGCGUUCUGACCCCGGCCUCAAAUUUCAGCGCAGUUUUUGAGCAGAGCGACCGUAGCUCUUCGGCUGCGACCUGGGAUACAAGCUCACCAGAGAGAUCACCUGGUACUCCAUUAUUCUUCAACCCAGCACAGACACCCAGGGCCAUGGUGUUUGCUACGGAUGAUUCAGAUAUCGAGGCACUGCCAGGUGGUAGUCUUAGUGGCGAUGCCGGACCAGCCAAACCGUCAACUGCACCUAAGCAGCCGCCUACAACAGUCGCCGCAUAG